AUGGCCAAGGAGUUUGGGAAGCCCGUCAGUAACAACCCUAAAUGGCUCCCCACAAGAGAUGUGCCUAAAUGCCACCGGUGUCUAAAAGCCAACGUUGAAUGUAACAUUGAAGACGAGAUUGGAUACAGCUACAAAACAGUUCAGGGUUUGCUUGAACAAAUUGAACAAACUAGUAAAGAUAAGUUGAUUGAGAAUGCUGCAAAUGAGGUCGGCAGUCUAGUGGUAACAAAUGGGAUGAAUGCCGGAAAGUACAUAGGUGCAGCUACAGGCCUCAAUUUUGCCCGGUUAUUUCUCAAGCAGCUAAAUCUUAAUAACCAGUUGGUAAAAUCAAAGGCUAACGACUUUGAGAACUUUGACUCAGAAGCGACGCAGUCUUGUGCUGCGCUACCCUCACAGCGAUUGUCAAAACUACUAUUAUUAAAAUAUAUUGAUUCCCUACAAAUGUAUUACCCGAUUCAUGGUAUCCCUCAGCUGCAAUCGCUGCAACAAAAAAUCUACAGCCAACCACAAAAUAUGUCACGCUACGACAAAUAUACCUUUUUCAUGAUCUUAGCUAUUGCAUCAAACAAGCUUACGCAUAAGGACGCUAUACGAAAUCCUUUUACAGCUAACGAGUACUACAACACAGCCUCCAAGUACCUCGAGAAUAUUUUAGGCAACCGAUCUGAAAAUUCACUACAGGCACUACUUUUGCUGGUUGUGUGGAAGCUAGAGUCUGACGCUUUGGAAGACGAUAAUGGAGAUCUUUGGUAUUUGAGCCGUUUUUGUAUGUCGCUUGCCAUGGAACUUGGCGUACACCGAUAUAAUCCUACUUGGAAUUUUGGAGAGCAACGAAACGAACAACGAAACAGACUAUUUUGGUGCUCAUUUAUUAUUGACAGAACGGUUGCUAUGAAGUUUGGAAGGGGUCUUUCUUUGCGAAAUCAAGCAAUUGACACACCUUUGCCAAAGCUUCUUAACGACGACUAUAAUGUGAGUGCGAACACUUCUUAUCAUCAUGUGCAGUUGUUGCCAAGCAUAAUGCUCAUCCGGAUUUGUGAGAUAGCUGGAGAUAUGCUUGAAACAGUUUAUAUAUCCAGGAAAUUGGGAGCUCAGCCACUUUUGAAAGAUGACGAACUUCGAUCUAUUCGAACUAACUUACAAGAGCGACUGGAUUCGUGGAUGAGGCAAGUGAACGACGAGGUGCCUCUAAACUUGCCUUGCUAUUAUGAGUUAAAGGUGAGAUACUGUGUCGUGUCGAUCGUUUUGAAUAGACCCUCGCCGUCGUUUCCUUAUCCGGACGGCGCCACCAUUGAAUUAUGUAAAGCAAAAUGCAUUGCGGGCAUGGAAUGCUAUAAGCAUUUGAUAACCAAUGGCUGGAAAGUAACGCCCACGUGUUUGCACGAUAUGCUUGCAAUUGGUCUAACAAUGAUCUAUUGUUGUUGGAGAUUGGACUCUGAUUCAAAAGAAAUCAACGAAUUUUCAGAAGGGUUAUUGAAUCUGAUGCAGGAAGCCUGCUUAUAUUACUACAAAUUUUCGCGAUUCAAGUCACUGUAUGAAACAGUGUCAGAUGCCAUCAAAGAACACUUGAGUAUUGGCGAACAGCAUAAAAGAAGGAAAAACCAAGAAUCGUUUGUCAAUGUAGAGGUUCAAGAUCAAUUUGACUGGAACGAAUGGUUUUCACAGGAAGUCUUUCAAGACGGGUUUCGUCAAUUUUACGAUCUCAGUGGAAAUCACUUGAUCGAAGGAUUGGGAGAAUAUUUCCAAAAUAAUUCUGGACGACAAGAAAAUGAAGCUGAAAAUAUUCUCUAA